CUUAAAAAAUUGUAAAUUUUUUUUUUUGUUUCCUAAAAAAAAUUUAAACCAAAUGUCUUUUAAUCUGUGCACAUGUAUAUCGGUGAUGAAUAGGAAAAGGAAAAAAGAUCGUCGUCAUAUUACACAUUAUCGUUCAUAUCAUUAUGCUAAAUAUUUGGGCCUAAUUGGUUCAUUGAUAAUUUGUUUAGGCCUUGGCCUUUGGUUUAUGGUACGACCGGAAGCAACAGAGGCCAAAUUAAUAGCAACAAUAACGGUCACGGCCAUUGGUUUAAUCGUAUUUUUUAUUGCAACAUUUCUGUUUUUUAAAUCAGCCUAUCAUACAUUUAUGGAACAACGUAAUGAAAAUGUAACGACAACAACAACAGCGACAACAUCGACAACGUCGGCAACGGCAACAACGAUGGCACCACAAUCAUUAUCAUCAUCAAAAUUUCCAUUAUCAAAUACUCAAUAUUAAUAUAUAAAAUGAAAACGGAACAAGGAAAUCGAAAUCGAAACCGAAACCAAGUGAUUUAUUUUAUUCAAAAUAUUUUAUUUUUUUUUCAAUUCAAGAAAAAAAAAAAUUUUCCACAAUGACGAGACAAUCAAUUUCGUUCGUUGGCAUUCGAAUCUCAUUCAUUCAUUCAUUGGAAAAUACACACACACACAAACAUAGUUUCAAGCACUCGAAACAGGUUUUUCCUUCAAAUAUUUUGUUGGUGCUCACCUUUCUCAUCAUUUUAAUUCGAUGUCUCUUCAACAUUAUAUAUAGUUUGAUUUUAAUUUCUCAAGAUUUAUACAAGUGUGUGUGUGUGUGUGUGUUUUAAAUGAAUGAGCUCAAGAUGUUUACCAUCAUCAACAUAUAAUAAUAACAACAUCCUUAUCACAAUGUUUGUAUGACAAAAAAUUUUCGGUUACGAUAUUCGGGAAUUUAUAAUAAUCUUUAUAUUUAUGUAUCUGAUAUCUGAUUUUUUUUUCUUAAUUCACAAAGAUCUAUGAUUUAAGAAUAUUUUAUUCUGAAUGAAAUGAUUUCAUCAUUUGAA